GGUCUGGUUACGCGAGAGUACUGCGACUGGGGCGAGAUAUGGACGGCAGACACAAAUGUUCUGUAGUGACAAGGGCUGACACAGAUGUCAAUGAGUUGUCUGAUGACUCAAAUCGCACCGUUGAGAUUGAUGGUGUGCGAAUUACCAUCAGACCCAUGCUAACCACGUCACAGAAGAACUUCAAGCAGCUCAAUCAUUGCAAGACCAUUACUUCUCAGAGCAAUACGCAACGACAGUGUAUCAUCACGAGAGAGGAUGUUAGUCUGCCAGGAAGUCGUUGUUUUCUUCUUCAUGGCCUGUUAACAGCAGAAGAGUGUCGUUUCUACGUCGACGAGACGGAGAGAGUUGGCUAUUCGAGUCUCGCCAAUUUGUUUGAGACUGAAUAUCGUUCAAAUGACAGACUGUUGUCAAUUAGUGAAGAGCUGGCUUCCGGAAUUUACCGCCGUCUGGAGCCUUACUUGGAGCGUAGAGACAUUCUUCGCAUUCGACCAGUGGGAUUUGGUAAUCAGGGCACUUGGAAACCGCGCAGACUUAACGAAUGCUUCAAAUUUGGAAAAUAUGAACCUGGUGGACGUUUUAGUCCUCACUUAGAUGGACCAUGGGUUCCUCGUGAGGACGAGAGCUCAGUGUACACAGUGGUUAUCUACUUGAAUGAUGGCUAUGAAGGUGGUCAGACAAAAUUCUUAUCGCCUGCCACUGGCCAAGUUGUGUACACUGUGACUCCUAGACAAGGUUUAGCAUUGGUGUUCAAUCAUGAUACUCUUCAUGAAGGAACACAAGUGAUCACUGGGACAAAAUAUAUUAUUAGAACAGAGAUCAUGUUUUAUCGUGUUGACACAGAGAUGAUUCCUGACCCUUUGUCUUAUAAAAGCGAUGAGAGCUAUGUUGAGACAUUGGCUUUAUAUGUAAAAUCACAUGAUCUAGAGCAAGCUGGUGAUACCUCGGGUUUUACAGAUAGCUAUUUGAAAGCGUUGAAACUUCAAAUUGAGGCUCAACAGUCAGUUGGAGCAGAUGCAGAAGCACUGAGUACAUGGGCUCUUCCUUACGAGUUAUAUGUUUAUGUGUUCUCAUAUCUCCAACCUUCUGAUUUGUGCAGAUGUAUGAGAGUCUGCAAGGAUUGGUAUGAUGUAUCAAUGGAUGGACAACUGUGGUUUGAUUUGUAUCGAUUACGAUGGCCAAUAGGUGUUAAUGUGGAGAAGUUUUCAUAUGCAGGUAAACACAAGAUGCCAAGUGCAUUUACAAAGGAUUGGCAUGGUUGCUACAAGCAACGAGCCAUCAACGCUAAGGAACACAGAGCUGUUGUGUAUGAUUUGGGGAGUCAUUCCGUAAAGUGUGGAAUUGUGACUUUGAAAACACGAAAACCCAAGUUUCUUAAACGUGAAUCAGUUAUUGCAAAGGUCAAUGGAAUUUUUGAUCUUCAUAUGAGGCGAACAGACUUUGAGCGCUUCUACAGUGGUGCCGAGGCUAGAGCUCAAUUUCCUGAUCAUCUUGUUAGACUCAUAGAAAAUGGGCAUUUUAUCGAGUCAGGAAUAGACUUUUUACCUGAAAUAAUGAUUCAUUUCUACUCUGAAUAUGCCUUGAAACCAAAAUACUAUCCAAUUGUAAUAUUGGAGCCUGCUGUUGGAUGGGAUGAUUCAACAAAGAAAACGUUGAGCACAAGUUUGAUAUCUGUGUUUUGUGCACCCAGCAUUUGCUUCUUGAGUGCAACUGUUGCAACACUGUACAGUCAUGGUUUGAGCUGUGGUGUUGUUGUGAAUUUGGGACAUGAAACGGCAUCUGUAUCUGCUGCUUGGAAUGGAUCUAUAAUGUCGUCUUGUACUACAAGUCUGGAUGUUAGCGCUUCUGCAGAUGAUGUGGCAGAAGCUGUAGGUCAAGUUAUUGAAUCUGCAAGUGAGGGUGAUGAUCACAUUCGUUCAGUUCUCACAAGCAACGUGGUGUUGGCUGGUGGCCGUUUUAUGGCAGCAAGCAGAAUGAGAUUGGACACAGAAGAUGCUAUUGCUAAAGUUGUCGGCGCAUGGUGUCAUCACAUUUCUGAGAAUGAAGAUAUGGAAAUGAGUGGAGUUAGUGGAGGUUGCUCAUUUGUGUCAUCAUCAUGUUUUACUGAAUUUUUGAAAUUACGUGACGAAAAGCGCUUUAACGAGAUGGCUUUGACCGGCCGCCCACGUCGUCACCCGUUGUCAUUCUACUAUUAUAUUUCUGAGUUUCGAAACUCUCUUCACAGAUACAUGAUUAAGAUAGGAGACAUAGUAAUCAUUCCGGAUGUUACAGACAGUGACUACACUUGUUCUGAAGAUGAUGAUGAAGCUUCUGAUGAGGAACAGUAACAAUUCUAAUUGAUUGAAUGGCUAAUACAGCGAAUUGUUGUAUGUGCUUUACUUUUUGUAUUAACUUUAGCUUGGAUUCGGAGACUUUCUAAAAUUGAUCAAUUCACAGCUCAACUAUAGGACUUGUACUGUUAUCACGAUGCAAGAUGCUAUUUUUUGAUAAUUUUAGCUAUUGACUAGUAAAUGAA